AUGGGCAUCCUCAGACUGGUAGCCAGAAUCAUGGGUAGGAUCAGUACUUUCAGGUCCUAUCAGUUUAUGCUUCUCCUGGCUGCUGCACUUGCUGUUGCAGCUUUUUACUACUUUGGCUCAGAGAGGCAGAACUUCUCCAGCACCACAAAGAGGAUCAAGCAGACCCAGGCCACCCACAACGCCAACAGAAACGAUGCUGAUUUAACUGUGGACACCAGGCUCUUGCACCCAGCUGCAUCUGAUGAGCAAGAAGAAGAAGAGCGAGAUGUGGGAGGAGCGAGCGAGGGAUUUAGGUACAGGAAGGGGGACAUUGGUAGCGCUGGUGACCAACGCUACCAUGCACUCAUGAUGUUCACCAAGGUGGACAAGAGCCGGAGCCUGCAGGACAAGUUCAGGGUGGCCAUGUUGUCUAUGGUUAAGCACGGAAACUUCAUGGAAGGAGAGGUGUUGGUCCUUCAUUUUGUGAGCGACCAGGCCAGCAAAGAACUGGGAGAGAGGAUGCUGCAGGAAUUUCUCCUUGAUGCAACGUUUAAGUAUGAGGUGUUGUUCCAUGACGUGGUAGCCCUCACACAGAAGCUGUUCCCUAUUGUGGAGGCCAUGCAGAAGUACUUCAGCGCUGGCUCUGGGGCUUACUACAGCGACGCCAUUUUCUUCCUGUCUGUUGCCAUGCAUCACAUCAUGCCUGAAAGUCUGACGCGCAUAGUUCAGCUUGACCUGGACCUUAAAUACAGGACCAACAUCAGGGACCUUUUCCAAGAAUUUGACCAGUUUCCUCCAGGAGCCGUAAUAGGCAUCACCAGAGAGAUGCAGCCAGUCUACAGACACACCUUCUGGCAGUAUCGUAAGGAGAACCCUCAGACCAGAGUAGGUGAUCCUCCUCCUGACGGCCUCCCAGGCUUCAACAGCGGCGUGAUGUUAUUGGACCUAGGUGCUAUGAGGGACUCGGCUCUCUACAACCAACUGUUGGAGCCUAGCAAUGUGGCCAAACUAGCGGACCAGUAUCGCUUCAGGGGCCACCUGGGGGACCAGGACUUCUUCACCAUGAUCGGAAUGGAGCAUCCCAAACUGUUUUAUUCGCUGGCAUGCGGGUGGAACCGGCAGCUGUGCACCUGGUGGAGGGACCAUGGAUACGGAGACGUGUUUCAGAUGUAUUAUCGCUGUGAAGGACUUGUCUACAUCUACCAUGGGAACUGUAACUCCCCUAUACCAGCUGAGUGAUGUAGACACUGGACUGAUGCUGGAACUGAAAAGGAGUCUAUGACAUCUACAAUAUCGUUUAAAUGAAAUAUUUUCCUGCUUUUUGGAAGGGAGGAUUGUGACUUUAAUGGCAGUUUCCUUUCUUUCCUUCUGCUGGUGCAGUCGCAGACUCUGCCCCCUGCUGGUCCAGGGGCUACUCGAGGGCCUGCCCAUAAAGAUUUCUACAUAUAUGGCGUUCAUCUGAGUCAUUUCAGAACACAGCCCUGUGUUACAUCAAUGCAAGGAGCUGCAGUAGUUAGGGCGUCUUUCUUCAGGUACAUUGAGCCCGCUGCGUCAAUGCUGGAAUCAUCCUAAUUAAAUAGGGGGCUAAUGUCAGUAUGAAUGAUGCCUAAUGCGUCAUGCAUUGUCAAUGCCAAGUCAUUAUUCCCUUUCAUUUGAUUGUAGAGUAAUUGAUUUCAAUACAUUUUAAUAUUUGUUUUGAGAAGAAUCUACAAGACCACUAUCCAUUACACAUUGUGGUGUAAGCGAUUGUAUGUUUGUUUAUUUUUGAUCAAUUUAAAAUGAAUUAAUAUUGCUAACAAAUGUUGAAAUGUUUUCUGCAAAUGUGUUAAUGAGCAUCUAUACACAAGAAGAACAGGAGGAGUUUGUUCUCCAUCUGUCCGUAAUCAACACACUGUCAUAGUUCCUUUCGAACACUUUCUUUCUGCAGGAUGGAAGACACGGGGGGGGG